AUGAGCUCCGUGGUGAAGAGGUUCUUUACCAGCAGGCCACCGUUCUACGAGGUCAUACCAAAGAAGAAGGUGAUGAACAGAAUCCUGUUUGAUCUGGACGCAAAGCAUUCCUUCAACAAGCUGUACCCUGUGUAUGAGUCCAUCUACAAGAAGCUGGACGGCGAUGGCGAGGCCGAGAUCCCUGCUAAGAUCACGGCGAACGACCUGAUGGUGAUGAAGAGGGCGCUGGAGACUGUGAGGGUGCAGUCCCACUCGACCAACAAGCACCUGGUGUCGCUGGAGAACUCGCUGGUGGAGUACGCUGCGGAGCGUGGCAACAACGACGCUGUGUCGUUGUUGGCGUAUGAAGCUCUCCUGGGCAACGACGAGGAGGAUAAGCAGCACGCGAAGAAGCUGAUAUCGAAGCUGCUGGAGAUGAAGCACCCUCUCACGGUGAAGCUCAGCGGCGACCUGUGCCUGAGGAACAAGAUGAACCAACAAGCGGAGCAGUUCUACCUCGAUUUCAUCGCGCUGGAAGACGACACCUUCUUAGCGUCAGAGGUGUUCAAGCAGCUGGGUAUCCUCAGCUUCCAGAAGCCGGACCUGAUCCAGGCUCGCCAUUGGUUCUCUCGUAGUGUGAAGACGGGUCCCUUGGACAAAGUGGCUGAAUGUCAUUACUACUUGGGCCAGUUAAACGGCUUUGAUCCAAAGAGAUCGAGGUACCACUUGGAAGCUGCUGCUUCGCAGGGGUUCAAGGAAUCCUUCAAGCAGUUGGGGUUUCUGGAACUUAACCAGUUUGGGAACGUUAGCAAGGCUACUGAGUGGUUCAAACUCGGUACUGAAUUAGGUGAUGUGGACUGCGUUGUCGGGCUCUUUGACUGCUUUAUGAAGGAGAACAAGUUCAAGAUGGCUUAUGGAGCGUACACCACUCUGAAGCAAAAUGAACCGGCUUUCGAGCAUUUCACAGAGACGAGGACAAAGAGCAUUGCCCUGAUGAACGAGAACUACACACCUUUGAAGAAUACGAUGGCCAACAUUGAAAAGUUUCAACAGAGUGAAUCUACAGCUGUCAAUGAUAACGACAGAUGGAAUAUUUAA